GAGAAACUGAUUGACCUGGCCAUCCAUGGGAAGGGUAUUUAUACCGAUGAGUACUCAAAAUAUCUACAAGCUGAAAUUAUGGGAGAUCCUUAUCCAUCCUUAGGAAUUCUUAGUCUGGAGUACCCGUCGACUGGUAGUUUACCAAGCUUGGAAAAAAUGGAAUCUUCUCAAAUCUUCGACAAAUUUUAUGCUAAAGAUCUGGAUCCUCCAUCACAAGUUUCAAGACCAACUUUUGACUUGGGUUUAGGACCAAGUGAUCAAAAUGGAGAAGAGGUGCAGCAGCCUGCAAUUGAUCUAGGUGCACCUGAUCCACCUCAAAUCCAUCUUGCAGCUGCGCCUGCGCAUAAUGAAGCUCCAGCUGCUAGAGGAGCAUCAGAUCAAGCUCAAACGGAUCCCUCGGAUGAGCAAGCUCAAAUCGAUACUGCACCUACACUUAAUGAAGCCUCUGCAAUUGUUUUAGCUGCAGCUGAAAAAGCUCGUUUGAAAGCUGAUCUUCAGCAACCUGAACAAGAAGGAAUAAGGAAACCUUGGGAUCCCAUUCCAUUCAAUGAAGUAGAAAGGAAGAAGAAAAUGAAGAAUGACAGAAAGCAACAGCCUACUAAAAAUUAG